AUGAGCAACCCAAAGACCAUAGUUAUUCUUGGCGGCUCCUACGCGGGCUUGUUGGCUGCACACACGCUGUUGAAAAAGCACAAAACGUGCAAAGUCAUACUGGUCUCCAAGAACAGCCAUUUCUACUGGAACAUUGCUUCAGUGCGCGCCAUCAUCCCCGGCGUCAUCAAGGAUGAGCAGAUCCUGCAGCCCCUGAGCAAGGCCCUGUCCCACUACCCAGAGGAGCGCUGGGAGCUGGUCGUCGGCAGCGCCGAGGCCUCCGACUUUGCCGCAAAGACGGUGACGGUGGCGCCCGGCGACGGCGGGGCCAGCCGCACGCUGACGUACGACCACCUCGUGCUGGCCACGGGUGCCAACACGGCCGGCGACCAGAUCGUGCCGUGGAAGGCGCACGGCUCCUACGAGGAGCUGGUCCAGGGCCUGCGCGACACGGCCGAGAGCGUCAAGAACGCCUCGCACGUCGUCGUCGCCGGCGGCGGCUCCACCGGCGUCGAGCUUGCCGGCGAGAUCGGCUACGAGUACGGCAAGACCAAGGAGAUCUGGCUCGUCACGGGCGACAAGGAACUGCUCAGCGGCGACAUCACCGCCUCCUCAGCCCUCUCGGAGCUCACCAAGCUCAACGUCAAGGUCCGCACCGAGUCUCGCGUCCAGUCCACCGAGAAGACCGAGGACGGCAAGAUCAAGGUCACCUUUGUCGGCGGUGGCGAGCCCAUCGUGUCGGAUGUAUACCUGCCAACCAUGGGCCUAACUCCCAACACGCAGUACAUCGACCCCAAGUUCCUGAACGAGAAAAAGUACGUCGCCGUGGACGAGUACUACCGCGUCAAGGGAGGCGGUGCCGAAGGGGUUUGGGCUGCCGGAGAUAUCGUGUCUUCGCCCAGGGCUAGUUUCCUGGUCACAGAGAAACAGGCGGCCGGCGUCGCCACCAACAUCCUAAACGCCCUUGCCGGCUCGCCGCCUGCCGUUGUGAAACUAAUGCCAGUCGACAUCUUCGCCAUGUCGGUCGGCCGUGACCGGGGUGUUGGCCGGAUGGGCCCCAUCAAAUUGCUCUCCUUCAUGGUCUGGCUGGCCAAGGGCAGGACUCUGGCCCUGCCUAAAAUGGCGGGCUACAUGGAAGGAAGCGUCGCAUAG